GCGCUAAGCCCCGCCCACCACGGCACCGCCGCCGCCGGGGGGCGGGGCUUUCGCUUCCUCCUUGGCGGGGCGGGGAGCGGGGCCGAGAUCGGGAUCGGGGUGUCCCCGCCGCCCUCAACAUGCACGGCGCGCUCGCCAUCCCCGAGGAGGUCGGCAGCCUCCUGGCAGAUGUUGACACAUUUAUUUCCCAAACACUAAAAGGAGAAAAUCUAUCCAAGAAAGCAAAAGAAAAAAGAGAAGUUCUUCUUAAGAAGAUAAAAGAAGUUAAGGCAAGCUAUCCUCAGGAAUUCCAGGAAAAAGAACUGGAAGAUGAGGAAGAGUCUGAGGGCUCUGUUUCUUCGCCCCCUGAUAGUGUCUCAAUAGCAUCUGACCGAUGUGAUAAAGAGGAUGAAGCACCUUCUGAUGGGAAUCAGUUUCCUCCUAUUGCAGCUCAGGAUCUUCAGUUUGUUCUGAAGGCUGGAUACCUGGAAAAACGCAGAAAAGACCACAGUUUUCUUGGCUUUGAAUGGCAGAAGCGUUGGUGUGCUAUCAGUAAGACGGUCUUCUAUUAUUAUGGAAGUGACAAAGACAAACAACAGAAAGGUGAAUUUGCCUUAGAGGGCUACACCAUCAGAAUGAAUAAUAGCCUUCGGAAGGAUGCAAAGAAAGAUUGCUGUUUUGAAAUCUCUGCUCCUGAUAAGCGCAUUUAUCAGUUUACAGCUGCCACUCCCAAAGAAGCAGAGGAAUGGGUACAGCAAGUCAGAUUUGUAAUUCAAGAUAUGGAAUCUAAUACUAUUCCUGAGGAGGAGGAAGAGGAAUAUGAUGAUGUUGGACAAGUGAGCGGUGAACCGAUAGAUGAUAGCAUUUAUGAAGAAGUUAAAGAAGAACGUGUUCCUUCAAAGGCUGAAGUGCCAGGAAAACUGAGCCAGGAGAAAGUUACCACCAUUUCAGAUAGCAAAAAUACCGAUUAUGCCAAUUUCUAUCAAGGUUUGUGGGACUGCACAGGAGAUGUACCUGAUGAGUUGACAUUUAAACGUGGUGACAUUAUCUACAUUCUCAGCAAGGAGUACAAUAGAUUUGGCUGGUGGGUAGGAGAAAUGAAGGGAACCAUUGGCUUGGUGCCUAAAGCCUACAUAAUGGAGAUGUAUGAUAUUUGAGAGGCCUGGGAGAAAUCUGCACUUGAAAUCAAGAGUGGUAUGCAGCUGCAGCUUACAGAGCCAGCCUCUGAAAGAAGAAGAUUCUGCCGUACAUGUUUUGUGGUUUCAGCGAAUGCAGUCAGGUCAUUGCCUUGUGUAUAUUAAACAUUAAAAACUGUAGUUGAUCAUAAUUCUGCGGAAAUGUUCUUCUUAGCCACUUCUUACAGAAUUGUAAUGCUAGGAAAUGAAAUAGAUGGCAAUUAACAUAUGGGGCACAAGCAGCCAAAUAGCGCCUGUUGCUCUUUUCUUAAGCACAUUAGCAGCACUCUGUAUAGCUAUAGGUUUGUGUUCUUUCAGGGAAAUUGGCUGUGUUUUCCUGUUCCUCAGAAAAAUUAAGCCAAACAGCGAAAAUAGAAGGCUAUUACUCAGUUCGUGCAUGCAUUAACCUUUUAAUGCUCACUGUACAUUUUGUGCAGUUUCCUGGGAAAAUCAAGGGAAAUUUAUGUGUAAUAUUGCAAGUCUUCAGGGUAUUCUGCUUCCAAAUGUUUUUGUAUUAUGUUUUAGCCGAUGAUUUAUUUUUCUCCUAUAUUUAGUAUUGUGUUGUUAAUUAAUAUUUUGUUAUCACAAAAUGAAGGUUUGGUUCUUUUGCUAAUGUAAUAAAUCAGCCUAUGUGGUAA